GACGGCUUUCCCCCAUUGUCUGUGCUGUGGUGCAGGAGAGGAGGAGGCCUGGAGGCGGCUGCGGGGAGGAUCCAGCUGUCCGGAGGAAGGUGUGCACGGCCCGGUACUCAACCCUCUGCCUGAGUUGGCGGUAAGAUGUUUAACCAGCAGCAGCAGCAGCAGUUCCACCAGCUCAUCCAGCUCCAGCAUCUCCUGCAGCAGCAGCAGCAGCACACCGUGCAGCAGCCUGCCCACCAUCCGCAGACCGCGCAGCACGCGCUCCCUGCCCAGCAUGCAGCACCCAGGCAAAUGCCAAACCCGGUGCAGCAUCAGCAACCGCAGCAGAUGCUGAACCUGCGAGCUGCCAAUCCUGGCAGGCUGCUUAAUACCCACCCCAUGUUACAGCGGGCACUACUGAUGCAGCAAAUGCAGGGCAAUCUCCGUGGUCUCAGCAUGGUGGGGCCGCCGAUGCCUCCGUUCUUUACUGCAGCUGCGAGACAUUCCAUCCUGGGUAUCCCUCCCAUGGGAGUGAAGGCUCCAAGCAUGGGAUUCCCACCCAUCCCUUUUCAGCAGCCCCGUGUGUAUCACAAGGAUCGCUACAAAAGUCAUGAUGCCAAGAAGGGUGGUGAUCCGAGUUCAUUGGUACCAGGCAAAGACCCCAAUGGCACACACACGGCGAGAGGAAAUUCAGAACUUCCCCCAACUGCGUCCGAAGCCGAUGAAAACCUUGCCUCGGAAGACGCUGAAAAUCUAACUGAAUGCAGCAUUACCGACCCCCUUGAACCUUCAGCCAAGAGAGCAAGGAGCUCGGGGACUGGUACAGAUGUGGCCGGCUUCACUGCAGAAGGGUCAGCAGCAGAUGCAGAAGAUGUUGCUGAGGAACGCAGCGUGGAGUCGCAGUCUCCAGAGGGUAUAAGUGGUGGACGUGCAUUAAAAGUCACUAUCCAGGUUCGCAGUGAGAGUCGCACCACAGCCCUGCAGCCGGCGUGUGCCGAAAAGAGCCGUGCAUCUGGCAGCUCGACAACCGGCGGCCCCAGGUUCUGCUGCUAUAUCUGCAAAACCAGCUACCACAACCUGCAGAAUUUCCAGUCUCAUCUAGUGACUGCUCAGCAUCACAAAAAGAUCCAGGAAAUCCAGCACGUCAGUAAUGCCUGCCUGGUCACUCUUCUUCCCACUGCGAAAGAUGGUCAGGGUGUCAUGGGAGGCAGAGAUGGUAAGAAGAAGCAGAUGAGGUGGUGCAACGUCUGCCAGGUUCACUUCAACUGUGAUCUCAUCAGACAUCGCCGGACUCAGGAACACAAGAUGGCUAAACGCUCCUUAAGACCAUUCUGCACAGUCUGCAGCCGCCACUUCAAGACUCCUCGCAAGUUUGUGGAGCACAUGAAAUCUCCUGAGCACAAGCAGAAGUCCCAAGAGGUCAAGCUACGUGAAAAAGAAACAUGGAGUCCAGAGGAGUCAGAGGAGCUGAUCACAGUGGACGCCGUGGGCUGUUUUGAGGACGAGGAGGAUGAUGAUGAUGACGACGAGGAAGAGGGCAUCAGUGCUGAUGACAUUUCUGAGGACGUAGAAUGUCUCCCGGCUAAGGUAGAGGACAAUAUUGCUGACCUCCAGGAAGAAGAGGAGGAAGAAUACAAUGCAGAUACGGCCUAUGGCCUGGAUUAUAUGGUCCCCGUCGCGGGUUAUCUCUGCAGGCUGUGUCACAAAUUCUAUCCUAGUGACUCUGCUGCUCGGCUCACACACUGCAAGUCCCUGGUGCAUUUUCAGAACGUCCAGCGAUCCAAACUGGAGAAGAAGAGCCACGUGCAAGCCGAACUGCCUGCCCAGGAGGAUGAAAACGGCAGUCCAGGGAAGGCGGCCAUUGCCGAGCAGGCAGAUGAAGGCUUGGGUGACAUCAAAGCAGCAAAUCCUGCAAACGUGCAUGGCGCGAGCGGAGGUGUCGCUAACAAGUGCGCCAAUCUGGAAGACUCUGUUGCAGUCUUGGAUUCGGUCAUCGGUACCAGCGAGGAAGACUCCAGCUGCUUGCUGGAUCCAGAAAUGUUGCUCACCCAAAUGGAAGACGAAGGCGAACAAAUCGGUCCGGAGGAAAGCUCUGCAACCCACAGGCAGCCCUCGCUGCGCAAAGUCAGAUAAUCCAGAAACUGUGUGUCGUGUUCACACGGGGAGGGCACUUCCUGCUAGUUAGAACUGGGAGGCUCCAGCUCCAGGGAGAUGCAACCGUCUAGGACGGUGUGACCCAAUCUUUACCUUUUUAUAUUUGAUGAUAGAAUGCACUGGAUUGUACUUUUCCACUACCACUUUGGUAAAAAAAAAAAAGUCAUAUUUGAUGUAUUUUUUUCAAGCCUCACAUCCCAUUUCUCCCAGUUAGAGGCCGGACUGGUGCCGACACAGAUCAAAGAGAGGAAGCUUUGCUUGCCGGUUCCUGUCCCUUCGAUUUUGCUGUGGCAUUCACGGUUUAUGCUCCAGUGUGUGAGUCUAUUAGUGUGUACAAAGCAGCGUAACGUAGGAUAUUGCAAGAGUGUCUUAAAUUUUGGCUUUGGCAGUGCCCUAGAGAAGCUUCCAUCAAGGUAGGACCAUGCUCGCUUGUGUCAGCAGUACUGUUUAGCGUAGCGAUGCGCUGUAGAUUUAUAGGCAGAAAUGCAACAAUUUGCAUCUGAGUAAAGUGUAAGUCAUGCUUAAAGGGGUUGUCCAAGAUUGUGAUGGGCUAUCCUCAGAAUAGGUCAAUAUCUGAUCGUUUAGGAUCUGACCCCCCACCGAUCAGCUGUUUGAAGAGGCUGCGAUUCUUUGUCUCUUGUAAGUAUAUCAAGCACAGCGCUGUAUAUUGUAUAGUGGCUGUGCUUGGUAUUGCAGCCCGGGCCCAUUCACUUGAAUGAGACUGAGGUGUGCUGAGGUCAUGUGACCGAUGGACCUGGACUAGGAAGAGGCCCCUUCAAACAGCUGAUCAGUUAGGGUACUGGAAGUCAGACCCCCAUCAAUCAGAUAUCCUAGCCUGAGGAUAGGCCAUAAACAAUUAAAAUUUAAGACAACCCCUUUAAUCCUUUCUCGCAGAUUGACAUAACUAUGCGUCCACCUUGCUGCGUAUAGAUGUACAGUUGCGUCCAGUGGAUAGCACAGACGUAGAAACGUCAUAAGGUUAGGUGGUUAGACAGAGGGAUGUGGCUCCUACUGCAACCCCAUCAGUGCCCCUCAGCUGCAGGAUGCCGAUGGGUUGCUCUGGUAGACAGGAGCCUAAUAAAAUAAGAGAUCAAUCAAGGCGCACCAGGUCUUGUGUGAAGGUGCAUUCCCACCUGGUUGUGAUCUACACAGGAUUGGGGCCGUCAGGCCUGUCCUGGCCAUUGAUUGGCUGGCAGUUUAGGCGGAGAUGCUGUUAUUUUUCCAUUUCAACCCUGGGAAAAAGUCAAAAUACAGCUCGCCCCCACAACAAAUAAAAAUCAGGUUAUGCAACUUUCGUGAUGGUCUUUAAUAGGCUUGAUCCCUGAAGGGUUAAUAUUUUCGUUUCACAUUCUUUUACAAGUACAAGGAGUGAUCAAGUAAGCAGCAUAGAGGGUUUGUGCCCUUUUGCCACCAUUUUUGUGUGACUUAAAGGGGUUGUUUGAUAUUGUUCACUUGUGCCUCAUUCACACGGCCGUGUUCCG